GAAGAUGGAUUAAAAGAGGAAGAAGAAAAUGGCGGUAUGCAUCUUAUUCUUUGGUUCGCUGUUCGCAAGCGGAAGUAGAAUCAGCACUGUAUUUUCUGGGUAAAGCGUUUGCACCUACAGGAGUUUGUUCAUGUGCUUCAGUUAAAGGUUCAUAAGAACGUCAGGCAUCAGCCCCCUCAUCCCCCUCAUCCCGUACUCUACAGACCAUCUAUCUGCAUGCAACUCUCGACUGUACGCUUCACGCUUAGUGAAAAAUGGCAGCAGUUCAAAAUGAAACUCAAGGACGCGUGGGCUUGAGAAGACGAGCUCAAGACAAAAUAGAGAAGUGCGCAUGUUUGACUCAGAGAGACAGGUCACGGAGGAGAGCUCGAGUGGAAAUUGGAUUGGCAUUUGAAAGGUGGCGUGAACUGAAAGCAGCAAAAGGGCUGAAAUCUGAUGCACAAGUGGCCCUGUGUCUUCUGGAUGCAAUGAAGAGGUUGCCUUCCAGACCUGCUUCCUCUGAGACCAGUGAUAAAAAGAUAAGAUUCUCUCAGUUUGAACUGCAGACACUAAUCAAGCAGGAGGUUCACUGUGCGGUGAAAAAGAAUGAAGCCAAGCUAUUGCAUUUAAUAGAAACUGUUGGACACCUGGAUCAUGGAGCUGACAUAGAAAGCACCAUCCAAAAACUGGAGGCUCGAAUCAGCACGGUGGCUAAGAGAGCGGAAGCAGCUCUUGCCUACAUGACAGAGACACAGAAGAAGGGUCCGCUGCCGCCUCUGGUUAACGUGGACGUCAUCAGGCCGCACUCAGAUGAAGAUCAAGAAACCAUGUCUCAGAAGAAAAUAAGCGUGGAUAAGAGGGGAGAGCUCUUUCAAACAAUGGAAACCACCAAAAAAUCACUACAGAAGCUUCGUACAGAUAAUGAAGCCUUGAGGACCGCUGUAGCAGAUUUAUGUGAGGUGCCGUCUCCGCCGGUUCUUACUCCUUAUGGCUCUCCUGGCAGUAAGACACUUCUCAGGAUCAUAAAUAAAGAGCCAGAAGACGAGCAGGAAAAACAAAAGAAACAGGGUCUCAAGGAGGAAAAGGCCGACAGCGUGACAGUAGAACAUCUGUCCUCUGGUAGAUGUAGUAACAUUCCCAAGAACAUGGAGAUGGAGGACCAGGUUCUGUAUCCUCCUCUUCCAGCCACCACCUUUCCCUCCAUCCUGACCAUGGAAGCAGCCUCAUACAAUAUCCCCCAGAGACCAGAGGUCCAUCUGGCACUCAUCAGGGAGCCCCCUGGUCUCUCUGUGCUCUGGAGGGUGGAGGAAGAGGACCCUUUUGCGCCGCCCAUGGAUAGUUACAGUAUUUAUAUGAGUACGGAAAAGGUUAAAGAUAGCAGCGUCUUCCCAGACUGGAAAAUCCUGGGCGAGGUGAAGGCAAUCGAUCUACCCAUGUGUGUGCUUGUCAAAAGGUACAAGCCUGGGCAUAAGGUGUGUGUCACUGUGGUGGGCAAAGACAAGUUUGGCCGGUACGGGCCCUACAGUAAAGUCGUCGCCGCAGCCAUACCUGACUAAGAAAGAGGAUGUGGUCAACAGAGGGGCAGUACAUCUACUUAAUGUGCUUCAGCUAUUUUGUUUCUUCAUGUGUGUUUUUUAAGGUGCUUAAUAAAGUUGACCUUUUAAAGGAACAUUUA